AUGACAUUACAUGGAAGCACCUACAAAGAGGACUCGCAAACAUUAGAGGAGUUUAUCGAAGACGUUGAAUUGACAAUAAAGAGUAGGCCCACCCCAGAGGAAGAAAAGGUUAACUUUAUAAUAAGUCUGUUAGAGGGUCCAGCUAAAGAAGAGAUAAGGUACCGACCACUCUCUGAAAAGAAAACAACAAAAAGUGUGUUGAUUAUACUGAGGGAAGUAUUUGGUGAAAGGGAAACAAUAUCAGAACUAUUGUCAGAUUUCUAUGUUUGCAAACAGGCAGAAACCCAGACACUACAAGAAUUUUCACAUAUCCUCAUGUGUAAGCUAGACAAGAUAUGCAAGCGAGACCACAAAUGCAUAAUAGAUCGAGACAUUGUCUUGCGCAACCAGUUUGCUGAGAACUUAAGACCAACAUGGCUCAAAAGAGAAUUAAAGAAACGCAUAAGAGGUACAAACACAAUUUCAUUUAAUGAUAUUCGGGAGGAAGCAACUUUGCUCAUGGAGAACGGCGAUGUACAAGAAACUAGCCAACAACAAGACAACAGGACAGACGACUUUGAAGUCCCCAUUUUCGCUACUCAAGCCAAACCAUCUGGAGCUUCCGACAUAGCAAAAGUACUUGAAGAUCUCAAAUCGGAACUCCAAAGCAUCAAAUCAGAGGUAAAAACGUUAAAAGAAGAAAAACAAGGAGCAUAUAGAAAACCAAGAGAUUGUUACUAUUGUGGUAAGAUUGGGCACAUAAAAAGAAACUGUCGCAGCUUCAUCAGAGAUCAAGGUAAUGCUACACAUAACCAAAGAAAUGAAACAAAUGAUUUAAACGAAAACAGUCUACGGCAGGGAGCCGGUCCGUAG